AAACAACAUUGCAUUCUGGUUUUUUUUUCGUUUCAUCAUCAUAAAUCGAAACGACAGCUGAACAUUCUGUUUGAAAUCUUAUAUGUUUAUCUUUAACUGUGUGUAUUUGUUUGUAUGUGUGUGUGUGUUUAACACAGUGUUAUAUAAUUCAACUGGUCCAUAGUCAAAAUUUUGUCUAGAAUCUUAUAGAAAAUAAUCCUAAAUGAUAUUUGGCAUGAACAUACAGCCACCAAUAUUACCAUUACCAUCACCAUCAUCACAUCAUCAUCAUCAUCAUUUAUAUGCCGACGUAUUGACACAUCGAAGAUUAUUUUCAACAAAAUCAAACAGAAUGGCAUUGGCCAAUGUUACAACAUUAAGUGAUGAAGGCGUUGAAGGCGAAUCCGAUUCUGAACAACCAAUCAAUCAACAUUCACAAACAUCUCAACAACAUAACAAUCACAAUUAUAAUCAUCAUCAUCAUAAUCAUCAUCAAUCUCGUGAAUCAAAUAUCGGCAAAUCAUCAUAUAAAUCAACAACGAUGGAAGAUUUGACAUAUGUUUCACGACGGAAACGUUUUCGUAGUGAUGAAGAAUUUGAUGCUGAUGCAGAUGAUGAUGGUGAAGAUGAUGAUACAGAUGAUAUUGUUAAUGAUCAUGGUGGUGGUGGUGGUGGUAGUGGACACGAUGAUGAUGAUGAUAAUAAUAUCAUUGAUAAUACAAUAACAGGCAAUAAUAAUGGAAAUGAUUCAGUACAGGAUACUGAUAGUAAUGAAGGGGAUGAUGAAGAAGAAACAAAUGACAAUAUAAAUAAAAUAACAUCAGCCAAAUCAUCAUCAUCAUCAUCAACAACAUCAUCAAUAUCAUCAUCUCGUAAACGAUUUAAAUCAUCAUCAUCCUCAUCAAAAUCACAUAAUGGUCAUCUGUUAAGUGACGAUCUCAACAAAAAUCUAACGGACCAAAUACCUUCAAUACAAUAUAAUAAAUCUAGUAAUGCAAGUCAUCAUCCUCAUCAUCAUUCACAUUCACAUCAUCAUCAUCAUUCACAUCAUAAUCGUAAAAUGGGCAAUGGCAAUCUAUCAAGACGUAAUGAAAAUAAUAAAGAUCGUUUAAAUAAACGAUCAACAAUGGAUGAAGUUUUAAAACGUUUAAAUAAAGUGAAUAAUCAAAAUGAUUCGGAUGCUAAAUCAGUUAAAAGUGAUGAUGGUGGUGAUUCAGUGAUUGAUCAAAAACAACAACAACAACAACGUUUAUCACCAAUAAAUGGUGGUCCAACGACGAUAACCAAUACAAAUGUACAAUCUGCUUUAUCAAAAUCAUCAUUUACACAACAACAACAAGGUUCUGUGCCAAAUUUUCCAUUUGAUCUAAACAUGUUAUCCGGUUUAACAGCAACAAAUAAUGAAGGAAAUGUUAAUGUUAUUGAAGCUGAACAACAAUUAUCAUCAUUAAUUGAUCAAUUACAAAUGUUUCGUUCAAAAUUAGUUAGUCAACAACAACAUCAACAACCAUCGACAUCCGAAGAUGAAAUGGCUAAUAAUAGUAGUGGUGGCGGUGGUGAUAAUAAUAACAGUAAUCUAAAUAAUGAUAAACAAAAGGAACAACAGGCCAAUAUUUUAGAAACACAACAGCAAAAAAUUUCUGAUCUUCAGCAACGUAUCAAUAGUCAUUAUCUACAAUCGGCAGCAUCGUUACCGAACAUUUGUCAGGCAACAGCUGCUAUGGCAGCCGCUUCCGCAGCAGGAUUACCAUCAUCAGCGGCUGCUGCUCAAUUAAUGUUAUUCAAUCUAAAUGGUUUAUCACCAUUUAUUAAUAAUCCAUCAUUCCUAAAUGGAAAUUCAUUGGCAAAUUCAACAAAUCCAUUAGCUGCGGCUGCUUUAGCUGCUGCUGCUGCUGCUCAAGUAUCCAAUACUAAUGAAUCGGAAAAUCCAAUGUUUUCGAUGAAUCCAUCUUCUGUUCCAGUAUCCAGUAGUCCUCCAAUGACACGUACAAAUAUCAAUAAUAACAAAUUAUCCAAAGAAGAAGAAACAUCAACCAGUAAUGAAACAACAUCAACACCAUUGAACUUGAGUAAACCUAAAUCAUCAUCAUCAUCAAAUAAUGGAUCGAAUGAAACCUUCAUACAUGACAAACAUCAUCGAGGAUCAUUUGGUGGUGGAUCGGGCAAUAAUACUUCUUGUAGGCCAGUGAUUAGUUCACCAUCAUCCACAACAAAUUCAACGACACAUACACCAUCGUCACCGAUGUCAGCAUUUCCAUCACUACCUCAUACAGAUCAACAAUCAUUACAAGCUUUUAUAACUGGAAAUUAUUGGAAUGCUUUAGCACAAUUUUCAAGUCAUCAGCAACAACAACAACAAUCUUCAUCAUCAACUAAUCAAUCACAACAAAAUGCUCAAAUUAUGACAAAUCAAUCGAAUCUUUCAUCAUUACUUCCAUCAUCAUCAUUUGUUCAACAUUUACGUGAAAAAAAUCUUUUACCUGGUUUGCUUAAUCCAUCAACAUUUGGACAGCUUCCAGGAUUUUCACCAACAGGUUCAAUGGAAUCAAUGUUCAAUAAUCAAUUAAAUUGUUCAGUCAAUUCAGUAGCAAAUAGCCGUAACACUUCCAGUUCGUCUCCAAAUCCAUCGUCAAUUAAUGAUGCAAUUAAUCUUUAUCUUCCUGGUGCUCAAAACAAUACAGCAAAUCAAUCGGAAAAUUUUCAAUCUAAAGAUCAUCAUUCGUCAUCAAACACAAAUCGUCAUCAUCAUCAUCAUUCAAAUAAAAAAGAAUCAAACGAUCCGACAUUCAGUCCAAACAGUAUUCGUACAAAAGCAUCACAUUCAAAUAGUUCAAUGAAUAAUAAUUCAAAUAAAUCAAACGAAUCGAUUGUAACAUGUCAAAGUAAAUUACUUGGAGCCAAAAUUAUUCGACAAGUUAAAAAAGAUGGUGAAGGCAAACCACAUGUUAAACGACCAAUGAAUGCAUUUAUGGUUUGGGCAAAAGAUGAAAGAAGAAAAAUCCUAAAAGCAUGUCCUGAUAUGCAUAAUUCAAAUAUUUCAAAAAUUUUAGGUGCACGAUGGAAAGCAAUGACCAAUACAGAAAAACAACCAUAUUAUGAGGAACAAUCACGUCUUUCUAAAGUACAUAUGGAACAACAUCCCGAUUAUAGGUAUAGACCUAGACCAAAACGAACAUGUAUUGUUGAUGGUAAAAAACUUCGUAUUUCCGAGUAUAAACAAUUAAUGAAAAAUCGUCGAGCUGAAAUGCGUGGAAUAUGGUAUAAAGAUUCGAAUGAUAAUCAAGAAAUGGAUCCAAAUUUAAUGUCCGGGUUGGAAAAUGUUGAUUCAAGUGCAGUAGCAUCAGCAGCAGCAGCUGUAAUGCAUUCAAUAUUAAAUGAUUCUCAAAAUGUCAAUGCAUCACAAUUAUCUUUUCAAUCAGAUUCAUAUCAUUCAGAUGAUUCAAGCAAUAUGGGUAGAGAUGAAGAAUUUGAUUUAGAUUCUGAAUCUGAUCAUUCAAUUGAAUCAAAUCAAAUGGCUAAUGUUGAUGAUUAGAAAAAAAAAUAGAAAAUCAUUCUAUUAAUCGAUUCAAUUUAGUUGUUGUUGUUGUUGUUGUCAGAAAACAUAUCUUCAUCUCAUUACAAAGUGAACAAAACAACAAUAUCAUCAUCAUCAUUACUACUUUCCACUAAUUAUCAUCAAUUCAAUUCCAUUAUCGAUUCUAUCUCUUAUUCAACAUUUGCAAAUAACAAACAAAACAAAAUUAUCGUAUUGAUCAUCAUCAUUAUAUUAUAUAAUAUCAAAUGAGCUUAAAUUAGUACAAAAACAUCAUAAAUGUCAUGUUGGUUUAUCAAUUUUUCUUUCUUAAAAAAAUUAAUAAUCAAAACGAAACAACAAUUCAUCCAAACGAGCAUAAUCAUCGUCUAUCAUCGUUUACCCAUGCCAACUUAUCAUCAUCAUUUUUUUUUCAUUCACUUUGAUCGCUAUUUCACAAGAAAUGGAAAAAA